UAUCGUUGUCAUCGGACGUGCGUCGUGGAAAGCGCUUACAAUUUGCCAUUCUAUGCUAUUUGCUGAAUCGCCACGAAUGAAGUGCUGCAAGAAAAUCUCAAGCGGGAUAGUGAAAUUUUUGUGAAAAUUGUUUUCAUUCGAAGUCAAUUGUGUUUUCCAUUGGGGGCCAGUAAGCAAAAGAAGAAAAUAAUACCGUUGACAUUUCCGGAGCGGCGUUCGGGGUCACUAAAAAGUUCGAUGUCCGCGUGUUUAAUAAGAGGCAAUAAGAGCACAACAAGGCAAACAUAAUUAAUUGCUGUUCCGACUGUCUGCUGUAUGUGUGUACGUGGAUGUCUUUGUGUGUUAAAUGAAAAUCAAAAUUAAUUGCAUUUGAAGCAUAUUUAAAUACGCAUUAAGCUCCACAUAAACGUGGAAAACUCAACGAGCUUGUGGUUUCAAUUGUGAGUAAACAGCAUCAACUGUUCCCAACAGCAACAACAACAACAACAACAACCGACAACUACAACAACAAAGGCAACAAUAACGUGUUGGAGUAGCGUUGUGUUGCGUCGCGUCGAGAUUCUCGUUGCCGCCGCCGUCGCAGUCGUCGUCGCCGUCGUCGUCGCCGUUGCGGUCGCAGUCGCCAUCGACGUUGGUGCUGCUUGUUGUGCGCGCAAUUUCCGGUUUCCGUUUCCGCCGUGGGGUAUUUGAGUCUGCACCCGAAAAGUUCUAGCUAUAGGCACUGCCCACAAAAUUUGCCAACGUGAAAAAUACUUGAAGCAAAUGAAAUGAAAAAGUGUUAAUCUUCGAAAAGCAAAGCUUUUCCCCAACUCCCACCCCGAAAGCAAAGUGCUGACUUACAUAAGUUCUUGAAACUGUCGCGUUUUCCAGUUCACGAAGUUGAACCCUUAAAUUAGUUUUAAUCAUUGCACUUGUUAAACAAAACUCAAAAGUCUUGUUCACCUGGCGGCCGCUUCAAAGCUUUGCACAGUGGAGUCUAAAAUAGAUCAGUUGAACGUCAAGAAAUCUAGAAAAAUUUUUACACAUGAACCAUUGAGUGAUUUUGGAGUUAUUAACGAGCAAAAUACACACAAACUCAUUGGAAGAAGUGAUGAAGUCAUGAGACCAACAUUCGAUCGACGCCUCUGGAUAUUAUUGUUCAUUAUUUUAGUACAAUGUACAAACACAGCAAAACCACAAAAUAUCAAUGCCAACUAUCAAACGAGUGCAUUGAAAACUCCCACCGAGCACGACGCAUUAAUCAAAUGGAGCACCAUAUCACAGCAUACACCGAAAGAGAGUCCAUUUCUACCAAAAGCAGAUGUACAAAGGAUACAUCGGGUGCCAGUUGACGACUAUCUACAGGAUGGUCCGCCAAAGUGUGCCAAAAACUGCGCAGUGUCCAAAUCGAAGGUCUCCAAAUGGAAGGCGCAACUUAAAAAGCGGCCUGUUCACCAGGCACACAGAGCGACGCCGCAUAAAGAGGCAAAGCGACGUUUGCGGCGAGAGACGGAGGAAACCGAUGUGGAGCUGCAAUUACCUACUGUUAUCCCAAGCGGCACCACACUAGCCACCAGUGCAAUAGUCACUGCUUAUGCUAAUAAAUCACACUCAACGCUGAAGAGCUUGGUUAAGCCAAAGCGAAGCCGUUCCAUGGUGCAUCUGGCUCCCGAGGACAUGCAACCAAAGCCAAAGGAGCCCGUGAUUAUUAUCGACGACGUCGAGGAGUUUGACAGUGGGACCGCCACGCGUGAUUUGUUUCCCAAGAGCGGUGAUGACGGAGGGGAUCUUUUGGAUGACGAGGAGCCAGAGGAACCACGUGCCCUGCCAUUGAGGCCAGUGCCUCCCAAUCCCUAUGAGAACGAGGAGAUGUCAGUCGUCUAUGCGGAGCAACAUUCGGAAAUUAGACUUAUGUGCGAAGUAGAUCUGGACAUUUCCUCUAGCAUGUGGUACAAAAAUGGUCAGGUGGUCCAUGCAAUGGAUCGAACAUCACGAGUCACCGACUACCGUUUCAUCAAGGAGGCUAAUGGGGCGCUAACUAUCACAAAUGUAAUGCUGGAAGAUGAUGGCAAAUGGCAAUGCGAAGCGGAAAAUACCCGACGUUAUACAGAGAAUGCUCGUCCCGUAAAGUUGGUUGUGCUUGAUCGACCGAAGCCUCCUUACUUACUUAUUGAUUCGCGUCGUUUGGAUGCUGGAAAUAUUUUUGUGCCCGUCAAAGAGAACUCAGAAUUGAAUUUGGCAUGUGUAAGCGAGGGAGGCAACCCACGACCCACUUUAACCUGGGAAGUUCUUCUUAGUCCAGGUGUGGAUCGACAUGCACAGAAAGUGUCCGCUGACGUGUUAGAGCUGGAGGAAAUCAAAAACGAGAAGGAUAAGAACGGAUAUAAAAUCAACAGUGGUGCCAAAAGCGAGUCACGUCUUCCCGCCGUCUACAGGGCUCAUCACAAUGCCCGAAUAUUGUGUGUCAUGGAGCAUCCCACUCUGAAGAUUCGCCAAAAUGCCUCCUUGCUCUUGGAUGUGCAGUAUACGCCCUCAUUUGCAAUCUCUCGUACACCUGGUUUUGGCUAUCCGCUGCGCGAAGGCAUUGAAGUUAGCCUCAAGUGCGACGUCGACUCAAAUCCAACGAGUACUCCGCGGUGGCAGAAAGACGACGGUGACACACCGGUACCACAAACUGGCGACGGAUUUCUCAACUUUACAUCCAUUAGGCGGGAACACUCUGGCUGGUACAAGUGCACAUCACGACAUCUGAACUUUCAAUACUCGUCAAUUGGUUAUUACCUCAGUGUACGCUAUGACUCAGUAGACGUCACCUCAGAGCCUGAUGACCAAGAUGUCUCUGUGGCAGCUGCCUCGCAUAAUCCCAACAAAGGGCAAUUGGAGGUACAACUAGGCGGAGCCGUUACGUUGCAGUGUCCACAAGGCUCUUUGGGUUGUUGGUCGCACUUGGACCCAGUCUCGGCUAGACUGCGGGGUCUUGGAUAUGGAGCUUCUCAGCCAACAGGUCAAUUCUCUCUCAAAGAUGUAAUGUACCAGGACGCCGGUACCUACAAAUGUGUGGGACAAUCGUUGGCGAAUAAAAAGAAACUCGAAGUACUUCAAAGUGUGACCGUUUCAGUCAAGGGGGCACCUACAGUUGUUGCUUUAAAUGCCACACCCGUGGCGUAUCCUGGCUCACCUCUGCAUCUUAACGUGGAGUUUUGUGCUAAUCCUCCAGCACAUGCAGCUCGUUGGUUGCAUGGGGAUCGAGUGUUCACACCAGGAAAUCAAUAUGGCAGCACAGUUCUGGCCUAUUCGGUUAAGGAUCUACCGACUCCAUACUGUAAGGAGGCGCGGUUGACAUAUGUCAGCAUGCAUGAACGUGUGCCACGAACUUUCUAUUUUAUAGUAUCGACACCUGGUGGCGUUGCUGAGGCUGUCUUUAAUGUCAACUUUACGAAACGCAACCGGCAAAUGUCCAACACCAUCGACGAUGACGAAGAGGAGGAGCUCAACAGACCCGAACAAAUACAUUUCCCUGUUUUCAGCAAUAAUACUGCAAGUGAACAGAGACUUGAGCUUACACUUGCGUUAACACUAUUUAGUAUAUCGCUGCUUCAAUGCCAAUAGCUUUAAGAUUUUUAGCGUGAUAGACCAAGAAAACCAGUAGCCAAAGAGAUUAACUGAGUGACUGAGGGAAUUACUUACUUACAGUGUGCUCCCAUGUGUGUGUUUUUUGAGGUGUGAAUGAAAUAAGAGGAAGAGAAAGAGAGAGAGAGAGAAAGAGAAAGAGAUGGCGCGCAAAAUAAUGCCGACUCUUUAUGAAUGCAAGUCACAACAACACUUUCUACUAUUAACUACCCACAAAACUAUAUCUAUUCAUCAGCUAUAAAUGUAUCUUUAUAUGAUGCUGCCACCACUACUACUAUUUAUUAUUAUAACGAUAUAUUUACUUACGUGUAACCGAUUGGCAAAAGUAUCAAAAUGAAAUGUAGCAUCUUGAAUACUUAAGCUAUGGGCCUCCAUCUAUCUAUCUAUCGAAAAGGGUGUGCACAUUAUAUGUAGGUGUCUAAGUUGUCACAUUAACCCUCUUAGUCUUUAUCCAACGCAAUUAUCCUCGCCGCCUCCCAUCGCCUAGUAUCAUCACCCUUUUAACAUACGUAUACAUAAUAUUUAUACUAAAUUUGUAGCGUGUAAUUAUUAUUGUGACUGUAUCAGUGUAUGUGUGUGUAUGUAUUUUAAAAAUCGAAGUAGCGCAGCGCUUAACUUGAAAGCCCAUAAAAUAAGGGAAAUAAUACAACAACAACAACAAAAAUGAGAAUGUUUUUAUCUAUUGUUAAAAGUUGAACCAUAAUUAUUAUACUUUAAGUUCCUUUUUGAAGAAAAUAAGCAAAGUGACUGAUUUUUUUAAUAUAUAUUUUGAGUCAAUGAAAGAUUUAUAGAACUAAUGAUGAGAGAUGUUAAAAUUUACUUUAUGAAUAAUGCAAAUGAAAGGCAAAAUAAAACCUACCAGGUACGAACAAAUUCCUUC